GAGAAGCCGACGGACAUGUGGAGCCACAACGUGUUAGGGAUGUUCAGCACCGGAACAAAUUCCGGCCUGAAUCCGAGCUGAAGGAGCAGCUGGAAAGACGUCCCGAGGUCGCGCCAGUCAAGCCACGGACAGAACCGGAAGUCGCGCAUGAAGAAAUCCACGAACAGGAGAGAAAACUGGAAGAAAAAGAAGAAAAUGAGGAGGUGGACGCACUAAGGGCGAAGCUACACCCAGUUGAGGCGACGAAAGCAGCUGCCGAUCCGGAGAACGAAAAACGGAAGGAACAAGUGGUGAAGAUGAUGCUGCACGCGUGGCACGGCUACCGCAAUUACACCUGGGGCGAGAAUGAGAUCAAGCCAAUCUCUGGGCAGCCGAACAACCAGGGGAUUUUUGGAGGGACCGGCAUGGGAGCGACCAUUGUCGACGCGGCCGACACCCUGUGGCUGAUGGGGCUCAAGGAGGAAUACGAGCAGGCCCGGGACUGGAUCCGCGACAAUUUCGACAUGAAAAGAAGGCGACGGGAACGCUGCCUGCUGUCCCUUAAUGCGUUGACCGGCGAGGCUUUCUACGUAGCAAAAGCCAAAGAUGUCGGCGACUCGCUUUUGAAGGCUUUUAACACGCCGACCGGGAUCCCGAAAUCGCAACUAUCCGUUCAGACAGGCGAGAGCCAAAACUUUGGCUGGGCCUCGUCGAUGUCGAUUCUCUCCGAGAUCGGCACGCUGCACCUCGAAUUCGCCGAGUUAUCCCGGAUCACCGGCGACCCAGUCUACCUCCAGAAAGUGCAGAAAGUGCGCGACGUGCUCGACAGGGCGCAGAAGCUCGACGGCCUCUACCCCAACUACAUCUCGCCGACGGACGGGCGGUUUAGUGGAAGUCACAUCUCGCUCGGGGCGCUCGGCGAUUCGUUUUACGAGUACUUGAUCAAGGCGUGGCUCUACUCGAAUUUCCGGGACGACCAGGCGCGUCGGAUGUAUUGGGCGGUUAGCGAGAAGAUACAGGAAAAAAUGGUCAGUCAUUCCCGGUCAAAUCUGACGUAUCUCGUUGAGUUGCGGAACGGCCGUGCGGAGCAUCAGAUGGGUCACCUGGCCUGUUUUGCGGUUGGAAUGUUUGCCUUGGAGGGGCACUACGAGAAGGAGCUGGCCAGGAAGGCCCGUGUCCAACACCUUGCUGAAGAGCUCGGGCGAACCUGCCACGAAUCGUACAUCCGCUCCGAGAGCCACAUCGGCCCUGAAAUGUUCUAUUUUAUCGGCCAGGAGGACGCGACCGCCAAACAAACCGGCGCCAACGGCUACAUCUUGCGCCCCGAGGUGAUCGAGGGGUGGUUUUAUCUAUGGCGGCUGACGGGGAAACAGAUGUACCGCGACUGGGUGUGGGACGCCGUCGAAUCGAUGGAGAAGUGGUGCAGACGGGAGAAGGGAUAUGUAGGAUUGCAAAAUGUCUACAAACCAGAACAGGGCGCCGACGAUGUGCAGCAAUCCUUUUUCUUGGCCGAGACCCUGAAGUACGCCUAUCUGACGUUUACCGAAGAUACGGAGCAAUUGCAUCCCGGGAAGAGAAGGUGCUUAGCAUGUGGCGGUCAUAAAACUUACUGCAAUUUAUUGCGUAACUUACUCACUGACUACUACAAUGACUACCACGUCGACUUCUAUUCAACUGAAUACAUCAGCCGCUUGCACCGGCGAGUCGAGGAGGCAAAGCUCGAAUAUGGCAAGGCGUGCGAGCGCGAGGAAGCCCUUGCCGAAGAGUUGGGCCGACAGGAGGCAAUCUACGACUCGGUGAACAAGUAUCUGCACCUCGUCGUCGAGGAAGAAGAGGACGGCCUCCUGGCGGACUGGCAAGUCCAAGACGAAGCGUGGCUGACUCUCGGUGGCGUGGAGACGUGCCCCGAGUCGAAAGUGCCGGUGCUGGUGAUCUCGGAGCACGCCUACUGGGACCCGCUGCUGAAGUGGUUCGAGCGAUCGCUGUGUGCCGGAGAAGCCGCCGCUAGGCGCCUGUACACCGGCGUGAGCACCAAAGAGCUCUCCAAGCUUCUCACGACGACGCUGAGAUCGAACGUCGACGAGGCUUUCCGCCGGCGGAAGGACGCCCGCGAUGUGGUUCCUGGAGAAGCGCGGCCGCUACCGGGAGCUGCAGACACAGAGCGUAGGACUGACGAUGGCCUUCUACGACUCCAAAGAGCAGACGCGCGCAGAUUUAAGGCAGCCAACCAUGGCCUGACACCUUCGGAAAAACGACGCAACGACGACACGACGACGACGAAACCGCUUUUGUUUGCUUUUCCUCAUAAUUACCGUGUGAAA